GCUCAGCAGUGCGGAAGAAGAAGAAGAAAAUGGCAGAGUCCAUAAAGUUUCUCCAUGGAGCAAUGAUGGCUUUUAUCUUCUUAUUCGCUGCCUGUUUGUCUUCUGUGAGCAGCACAGCGCAGGUUCCGCUUCUAGUCUGGUCUAACAGGAGCUUCGCUCCUCUGGCUUCUCCUCUGGCUGGACACAUCGUAUCCAUGAAGGAGCUGUCUGCUGCCCUCAGCCCCACCUUUGGCUCCCCCUCCCAGACGGUGCUCCUCUUCCUGCAGGACAAGUUAAGCAAAGAUGACUUUACUCGGUUUGGAGGAGUGUUUGGAAACAAGCAGGAAGGCGUCUUUAGGAACCUCGAGGCGGCGCUCCAGUCAUCUUCCUCAUCGAGGAUUUUUCCUGCAGUGGAGUGGACAGGAGAAUCCGCCAUCCCCGCUCUGCUGCAGGAGAAGCUAAGUGCUUCACCCCUGCUGGUUGAUGCAGACACCCUGGAAAAGCUGAACCUGAACACAUCAGUCAACAACCUGCUGCUCAUCAACCUGCCGUACUGCAGCAACUCACCCGAAACCUGCAAAAAGAUCCUCUCUAACAAUGGUAUAGUGAAACGGUGUGGAGGAGUAAAUGUGGCCGAGAUUAGGUGCAGAAUUUUAGACUGAUUUCAGUUUUUGUCAACAGAUGAGAUUAUAGGAAAAGUUCAGAGUUUCCUGAAGGCCAAAGGUGUUUCCUACACGGCGAUCUACACAGGGCUUCAGCCGUCACAGGUGAUUUCAGAGCCCUCUUUGUUAAACCAGGGAGUGGGCCGCAGCUUGUUACAAACCCCUGGAGUUAAUGUCAGCCAAAUGCCGAUAACGUUUAACGACUCGGUAGGGUACUGCAUUAUGCUCUGGGCCCAGAAACUAGAAAUCCGCGCUCCAGACAAACCAGAGUGGAUCGAUCUCGCUACGCAAAACUAUACGACAGCAGGAUCCCGUUGUAACACAACCGAUUCAUUGCUUGUGCUUAACUAUGCUGACUACAUUUUGAGUUUUACACUGAGUCAGAGGUUCUAUCCGGUGUCCGCCCGAAACUGGACCACCUUAGACUCAGUGCAGCUGGAGGUGCGCUCACUCAGGCAAACGUUUUCUUACGUUGGGAAACGUGGGAUCUACUCCCCCGUCGAGUACUCCUUUCACUGCCAGUCCGUCACCAGCUUUGUGGAUGCCCUGCUGAUUCCCGACAACCAAAGCACGACUCAGUGGUUGCUGAACUUCAACGACUUCCAGGUACCGCCGUUUUCCUGC